UCAGAAAAACUUUCAGACAUCUCCAGCUUGUAAAGUGAUAUUUGUGGAAUUAUUCAAAGUGUAAACAUUCUAAUCCAUCAGUCAAAAGUAUGACAUUUGGUCACGUGUUCUGAGCUGCAUUCCACAACGGUGCGAGACAAAUCAUUGCUGUAAUUCCCGUGCACAGAUUCCCCCGUACCUGAAUAUGCUGCUUGCGCCCAGACAAGAAGAUUACUAUAGCAUAAACAAUAACAACAUGAACCUCAGUCCACACCAUCGGGCCAGCAGUGACCGGAACAGCCUCGCCUGCCAGCUGUCUGGUCAGCUCAUGGCCAACGCGUCAAAAUGCUACUCUCCACGCCCGGCGCAAAGGCCUAAAAUCCCACCGCACAUCACGAUAUGCCCGCCGGAUUCCGCGGACGGACAGGACGUCAUGAGCUCCGCCUACCUGCAGGACGACGACCUUGAUAAUGACGUGUUCCGGUCUUCGUCGCCCAGCCAAUCGUCGUCGUCGUCGUACUCGGAUGAAAAGCACGAGGUGUAUUCCGGUAGGCUGUACUUGAUUCGUCAAACCGGCGGGCCCGACAGCGCGUCACCGUCUGCGUCGCCAAAAGGCUCACCCUCGAGAUCCCCCUCCUCGUCGUUUCAGUUUCGAUUAUCGUCCAACUCCACGUCACCGCCAUCCUCCUCCUCCUCCCCGAAAUCCUCCCCCAGUCGCAAAAUGCAGGUGUUCGUGAAAGUUUACCGGUGUAACAAUGACCACUUCGCCAUAAUCUCCCGCGACUGCCUGUACACCAGCAAGCCGGUCUACAUCAACAUGCGCCACUGCCGCGUCAUCCCGGGGGACUGCCUCGGCCGGUUCAUCGUCGCGGGCAAGUGCGACUCCGGCAACGUGAUCGAGUUUGAAACUCUGGAACUUUCUUCCCUGGAGCAGUGGCUCGACGCCUUCCAGACGCUCACGCCGCCGGCGUCGCCCAACAGGGUGGUUGGAGGGGGCGGGGGGAGCACGGGGAGCUCGACGAACAGUCCAUCCGUUCCCAGGAGUCCGGCCUUGCCCACCCUGGCAGAGACUGAUGAGGAGGAUUGAGGCGUGGGGAGGAGAACACUUUUUUUGCAUUUGUUGACUGUGAAUGAGGUUUAAAGGACAUAAUGAUUGUUUCUGUCCAGCCUACAACCAUGGCCUGUACUGGCAGCAAAGUUACAUCAGAAACUGACAAUCGGAAAAGUCCCCCCAUUUCCUGCAGCUAUCAGCAUCGGUCUGUCACAACUUCAAGGGCUGGAGCUCAGCUAGAUAUCUGGACUCUGUAGCCUGAGAAUUUCUGCAACGCUUUAUUUUUUUCUCUCGCAAGUUCGGUAAUGUAUCAUUAACUGGUUCAAGUUACUGUUACUGCAAGAGUUUCAUCCCUUGGUUUAUGGGCUGGAGAGACUUGCGACCAUUGAUUUCCGGCAGCGAUAAGAGUUAUCUUAAUUGACUGACUUGUACAAGAGUUGCGGCUACCAUUGAGAUGUGGGUGAAUCUAAAUAUAUUUGUAGAUCUUUAUAUUUUGUUAACUAUUUUAGGAUCCUACUGACCUCUUGUUGACAAAAUAGCUGUAAUAAAAUGUAUGUGCAAUCCAUUGUGACAUAAGGGCCCAGCAGCGAGUUAAUGUAGGUUUUUAUGGUAUGCCAUAAGCCAUAAUGGUGAUGUACUUUUGUGACAGGAGAGAAAUGAACUUGGUAUCAACGUAAUGCUGACGUUUUUUUUUUCCACGACAGCUUCCUGUGAUUCUCUAAAUGUGAUUCUGUGCAACUAUUUUGCAUUGUAUUCUAUCCCUUUAUUUAAAUAUUGUUGCAAUGUGAUUUUGCAUCAUGCAUUGAACAUGUAAAGCUAUUUAUUGCUUGCCGUGAAGCUGUUUCACUGCGCGCUGUAUUGAACUUGUACAGCUGUUGUGUAUUAAGUAUUGCAUUCAGCAUACAGCCAUAAACUUUAUUGACUGAUUCACGACAAGAGCUGCUUUUAAAAAAAAAUGUUUUAAGUUCCGUAACUCUGUACAACCAAAUGAGACAUUUCAUGUGGUUUUAUUUUGGUUACUCCUUAUGCUCAUACUUAUUCAAGAUCGUUAAUUUAUGGUUUAAAUAAAUGCUGAAAUUGUUGACUCGGUGGUUCAGAAUAAUAAAUAAUCUUGGAUUUUUAAGUGAGUCUUGAAUGUGGUUGUUGGUUUUGGCUGCACUGUUUGUUGGGGAAUUUUGGAGAGGAGUUGAGAGGGUGCGGGUUCUUGAUGACGUUACCCCGUGGGAAAAAAUUACUCGAAAAAUUAAGCAGGGUAUUUCUUUUAUUUCUACAAUUAAGAUUUAAAAAGUUGACGAAGUCGGUUGCUGAAAAUGAGCUGAAGCAUCGGAGGAACCGGAACGCAAAACAUGUCUCCAUCUUUUUUAUUCAUGGAUACAAGCAGUUUUACUUAAAUAUUUUCUUCCAUUUAUUUUCCAAACCAGGGAAAUAGAUCAACUGGAAGGAUUAAAGAGAAUUAUAUAAACUGCAUUGCUUAGAGAUAUAGAUUAAACUGGUUGGAUUAUAGGGAACUAGGUAAACAAAAAAAAUAUGGAUUAUAUAAAAAGUUAACUGGAUCGAUUGCAUAAAGUGUUAAAAUUCCAAAUUAAAAAUGUUACUUGUAGAUCAGAUUAGGACUAUUAAAGCUUAAGUAUAUUCAGAUAUCAAAACAAUAAGUGAUCAAGUCCCAUCUUACGGGUGAUUAGGACUAUUAAAGCUUAAGUAUAUUCAGAUAUCAAAACACCAAGAGAUCAAGUCCCAUCAUACAGGUGAUUAGGACUAUUAAAGCUUAAGUAGAUUCAGAUAUCAAAACACCAAGUGAUCAAGUCCCAUCAUACGGGUGAUUAGGACUAUUAAAGCUUAAGUAUAUUCAGAUAUCAAAACACCAAGUGAUCAAGUCCCAUGAUACGGGUGAUUAGGACUAUUAAAG